GGGCUGCGGCUGAAUUGCUCGUUUGUGCCCAAAACACAGUGUAACCUUGCCUUGACCUCCUUUUCUCUAAUUAAGAUUAUACAUUUUUUAGUCUAAACACCACAAAUGCUAAAGGACUAUAUGGGCAGGGUCCUAGAUCCGCCCAUUCACAAAAGGAAAAAGAAGAAAAAAACAAUGGCUGUAAAUUUAAAAGGUCCUCCUAAUUUAGAACUUAUCGAACGAGGCAUGAUCACCAAAAUGCCAAUCAUCCUGUCACAUUUUUGUUCUCUCACAAAAGCAAAAUUGGUGAUAGGGCCCUGAAUACCUGGUCUAUGACAAGUUGGCCCACUUGUAAGUGGAUGUCUCCUUUUCUCGCUCCCCAUUCUUCCCUAAAUCCCGAAGCCGCUCUCCUGCUGUCAAUUUUAGAAACUUCUUCCUGCCGUCCCAUCCUCCCUCUGGCGGCGCAGGGGAAGCGCAAGAUCUGAGCGGACGUGGCCCAGGAUGGCGCAGCCUGCCUAGCUCCGUGGGCUACCUAUGGGGGGGAAUCAGACGGCGGCGCCUCGCUGCUGUUGCGAGGUAGUCCUAAUCUUGACAAGUCGCGGGGACACCACUGUCGUUUCAAGGACUUUGACGGAUAGCUGAUGACAGUCAUAUGGUCAUAUAUUGGAGCCAAUUUCAAAAGCAAUGGAAUUGGGCCUCAUUCCAUGUGAAACGAUGGAUUGAAGAAUUAUCAAUUUGGCAAUUUUUCUCUUGGACUGUUCCUCACCCGGCCUGAUGUCAAGCACUCAUCGCACUGUGUGAUUGGCGUCCCCUUCAGCCACAUGGUGGGGGUAGGGGAGUUUCUCGCCUCGGCCGCAUUGAAGCAGGUCGGCGGCAUGCUAGGUAGUGCCAUCUGGGAGGCGAUCGCCUCGCAGCUGAAGCUAGGUGAUGAGCUCAAAGGCCUCAAGGAUACUGUGGAUGCCAUCCAAAAUAGCAUGGUUAGGGUGGAGAAGCGGUUGAUGAAAGAUGGUGACGUCUGCGUCUGGAUGAGGGAGCUAAAGGCAGCAGCCUAUGACAUGGAGGACAUUAUUAUGGAAUUUGAAGGUGCUAUCCUGAGUAAUAAAGAUGACUCGCAGAAUAACAAAUCUACAACGGAGAUCUCCAUUCCUCUGAAGUUGCGGCUAAGCAUGCCUAGCAAGUUGAAGGCCAUGAAACAAAGAUUGGACAACAUAGAAAAGCUGAGGCGGUUCGACUUGAUGGUGGACACAAGCUCUGACGACCAGGACGUGAUCCAGACACGGGCUACAGGCCCUUGCCUUGUAGAAGGUAUACUUGGGAGGGACAAGGACAAGGUAGAGUUGAUGAAGUUGCUGCAAGAAGAUUGCAAGCACACCAUCAUCCCUAUAUAUGGCUUUGGUGGUCUGGGUAAAACCACUCUCGCCCAAAUGGUUUUCGAUGACAAUACAACUAAGAGAGAUUUUGAUAUCCAGAUUUGGGUUUAUGUCUCCACAAGUUUUAGCGAUGAAAAGAUUGGUCGAUCAAUUAUCUCCCAAGUAGAUGGACAGAGUAACCAGUAUGACUUGUCCUCCGUGCAGAUGCGCGUGGAGAUGAUCCUCCGUGGAAAGAAGUAUCUUAUUGUUUUAGAUGACUUAUGGGAAGAAAACACAGGACAAUUGCAAAAGAUAAAAAGCGAUGUUGAAAGGUGGCGCACCAGGCAGAAAGAUAAUUGUGACCACUCGAAGUGAACAGGUUGCUAAGCGGAUGAAUCGAGAGUUGCCAUUCAAGUUGGGUGCCUUGCCUUACGAUGACUGCUGGAAGCUGUUCAAAGCUAAGGCAUUUCCAAAUGGAAUUAAAGAAUCUGAAAUGGCAAAGGUACAUAUGGGGGAGAAAAUAGUAAAGAAAUGCGAUGGAGUGCCUUUGGCAGUCAAAUCUCUUGGGGAUCGUCUGCUAGAUAUGCCGAUGCACAAGUGGGAAGAAACUCUGAAGAGUGACCUGUGGGAACACGAACGCGAUCCAACGACUGGAACAACAUCUACUGCAAUAUUACCAUCCUUGAAGAUUAGUUACUACCACAUGCCAUAUUAUCUGAGACCUUGCUUUGUAUACUUUUCUGCCUUCCCAAAAGGCUUCGUCAUAGAGAAGAGAGAACUGAUUCAUAAGUGGAUUGCUCUGAGAUUUGUUCUGACCACACAUCGUGCUGAGGAAUACCUACAUGAACUUUGUCAGAUGUCAUUCCUGGAGGCUACAAGUGACUCUAUCUCGAUUUCUGCAAGAUACUCCAAGCUUAAUAACCCUCAUAAUGUAUUAUUCAAAAUGCACGAUUUAGUUCAUGAACUUGCUAGGUCAGUUGCUAUUGAGGAAGUUGCCAUCUGUGAUGGCAAACAAGGAAGCUUCGGUCCUAAAAAGGACAACUAUCGAUACACGUUGUUGUUGAAUUUCAAAGGUCAGCACCCAAAAUGCAAAGAUAUGCCUUUCAAAGCAAGGGCUGCUCAUUUUAGUGGCUGCACAGGAUGUCAGCCUUCGAAGGGUGCCUUUUCAGAAACUAAAUGGCUGCGUGUAUUGGACUUCCCACGCAUGCAAACUGUUGAGCUACCCAGUUCUAUGGAAAACUUGCACCACCUGCAGUUUUUAAAUCUUUCAGAAAAUACCAGCCUCAAAAAGCUCCAUAGCUCCUUUUCUAAAAAAGUAAAGCUCCAUAGUUCCACUUCCAUUUGUGACUUUCAGAAGCUACACUAUUUGGAUCUACAUGGCUGCUCGAAUCUUAGUGAGCUUCCAGGUCCCAUUCACAGACUCCAAGUCCUGGAACAUCUUGAUCUAUCAGGAUGUACCAGCCUACAAAAGCUACCUUCACAAUUUGGGGAGCUGCAAAAGCUUUCGUUCUUGAACUUGUCAUGUUGUUCAAAGCUUGAGAUGCUUCCAGACUCUUUCAGUCUACUGAAAAAUUUGGAACAUCUGAAUCUGUCCUCCUGCUGCCAGCUUAAGCAACUGCGUACCCUGUCAUUCAAGAGAAUGAAGGGACUUCUUUAUCUUAAUUUGUCUGGUUGUACUUGCCUUGAGGCACUUCCUGAAUUUUGUGUGGGCAAUGAUGGCUGCCUGAACCUGGAGAUUUUGGAUUUAUCUGAUUGUGGGAGGCUUAUUGAUCUUUCUGAAUCUUGUGCCAGACUAAAUAAACUCCGAUUUCUGAAUUUAUCUGGUUGUCCUUGCAUUCCGAAAAUUAUCUGCUUUCUUAGUAAAUUUGUAAAUUUGGAGUACCUAAACCUAUCAGCGUUAUCAGGAUUUGAUGUAAGAAAAGAUUCUGAAGCUCCAAGCUCCUCUACACAGCAUUCCUCUGAUUAUUCUGGUGAGGAGUUGAGCCUGAAAAUGCUGCAUGACACAUUGAAAAACAUGCAUUGCCUUGAGUACCUUUCAGUUGGAGGGAUGUCACUGUUCUCAAAGGAAGGCAUCUCCAGUGACCUACUAACCCUACCGGAUUUUGUGGUCUCAGAAAGAGGCAGUGGUGAUUGCAGCAACAUUAUCCUUCUACAGAAUAUCCUUGAUUCUACAAACAGUGAACUAAAUAUCAAAUGCCUUGAGGUUGUGACGUCUGCAGAGGAAGCAAAGGGGGUGCAACUGGGAAGGAGACAUCGGCUUGCUUCUUUGAGUUUGGAGUGGUCCUCAUUAGAAUGGUCAGAGGAACCCCAAGUGACGACAAGGGAUGUGCUCGAAAAUUUGAAGCCUCAUCCAGCUUUAAAGCAUCUCACUAUAAAGGGCUAUAAUUACAGUAUGUUUCCUAGUUGGAUGAGGGAGAUAUGUUCUACACUCCCAAAUCUGGUGAAACUGGUAUUGUCUGAUCUCGUAGAGUGUGACCAGCUUCCAACUCUAGGAAAUCUAUCAAACUUACAGGAGCUUGAAAUUCGUAAUAUGCCUAAACUUAUGGAAGCAUGUUUAGCACCAUGCAGAAACCUAAAGAGACUGUCGCUUGUUGAACUAGCAUUCGGAUGCACCUUGUGGUUUUGCCAAGAUGGUUCGGCUUUGAGAACAAAUAGAAGCUCUGAAGAGAUACAUGACAUGGAAUUAGAUCCUUCAGAAGAAUUCAAGAGGCUUGAAGUGUUCAGGACGCAGUCUGGUGAUCCUUCCCGAGGAAAAGGAAAAGCAAAGUUUACAGCAAUGACAAGGAACAUGAUGGAAACAUUACUGGGAGUGACUAAAAAGAGAACACAGAUGACACACGUUCCUGUAUCUUCUUCUGCACCAUGUCCAGCCAAAGAAGCAUUCCCUCCGCUUUGCUAUCUGAAGAUAGAACACUGCAAUUAUCUGAAACUAAAACCAAGAAUCCCCAACAGCCAGGAGUUCUUCAUCAACGAGUCGUCAAUCCCCACAUUGACACGUAUUAAUAGUGAUGAUUUGGAGUUCUUCGUCAACGAGUUGUCAAUCCCCACAUUGACACGUAUUAAUAGUGGUGAUUUAGUCAUUGAACAAACCAUCCAAAAACUCAAGAUAUCGAACUGUAAGAGCUUUGAUCUUCAGAAACUGCCUGGCAUUCAAUCAGUACAUGAGCUUGAAAUUGAUUGCCUCGAGAAGUUUCACCGUUUUUAUGAAUUGAGAUGCAUGGAUCGUUUGGUGAAGCUAACUUUGUCAUCUCCUGAGAAUUUCUUGCACACAGACAAAGCUGAAAUCCUAAAGGCUAUUCCUCAAAUUCAAUGCAUCAAGAUAAAUGGGGGAAUGUAUUUUGCAGUACAAGAAAGUGAUUUUCUCCUCCGUCAAAAUACAGACUUUGGAAUCACAGACCUAUUUAUUUCAAAUCUUGAGAAGGUGAAUAGCGCUGAUGAAGUUGGCCUUGGAGAGUUGGCUACAUAUGACCAGCUGCGCACACUGAGAUUGGUAUGGUCCCAUGACGCAACUCUUAUUCCAGCAAUGGUUUAUCUGGAUCAGAAGAUAGGCCUAACAAUGUAUAUCUUAAUCUGGGCAAAAAAUUCUCCAGAGCUGAUGAUUCUUCAGUUCUCCAAAGACUCCAUCCUCAUCCUAACCUAUCAACACUUCAAAUAGAAGGUUAUCGAGAUGCCACAUUUUGUGG